GCCUCUCUCUCUCUCUCUCUCUCUCUCUCUUUCCAUCUCUGUCGACGCUAUUUUUGGGCGUUUGGAUUGGGUUUCGGUUUUCUCUUUCGCCAUUUCUAGACCGAUUUCGAUUUACUUAAAGGCGGAUCUUCGCAUUACGCGAACCACCGCUGCCACCGUCGUCCUCCUCGUCGCCGUCGCCCGGAAUCGCCCGACCCCGCUCGGGCUUCGGAGAGAGAAAAGACAUGGAGACCUCCGUCCUCUGACCUCCGCCUCUCCGCCCGCCUCCGAGAUCCUCUGGGAAGAAGACGGAAAAGGUGGGAUUUUUCAUCGAGGAGGCGGGAAAAGAAGGCGUUUUUUGAUCGAGGAGACGGAAGAAAGGUGUGACUUUUAAUCGGAGCGACGUAGAAAGGUGCGAUUUUUGGUUGACCGAGGGAUCUUGGGGUUGAUCGUGGGACUGCGAUAAGAGAGAAGGGAAGCGAUGGAGCCGAAGCUGGUCGCCCAACGGUCCCUGCUCUCCUACAUGCCGAGCACGCCGACGCCGACGUCCUCGGCAUCGGCGACCCCCUUUCCGGCCUCCUCUUCCGUCACCCCCUCCCCGUCCCUCGCCCGCCGGCAGCCGCUCAUCCCCAAGGAGCCCGCGAAGCCCGCCAACCGGUUCGCGGAGGCGGCCGGGGCCACCGCGGCCGAGUGCGCGGCCAUCUGCUGCUGCUGCCCCUGCGGCCUCCUCAACCUCGUCGUGCUCGCGGCGGUGAAGUUCCCGGCCGGGCUCCUCCGCCAGGCAGUGCGCCGAAGGAGGAAGCGCAGCGCCAUCGUCGGCGCCGCCAGGAAGAAGGCCGGGCCGAAUAAAGUGGGCGCCAUGGACGACGAUGACGACUUCAGCAUUCACGGCGGCCGCCUCCUGGUCCUGGCCAGCGGGGACGACGCGUGGCCGAGGAGGUCGCCGUCGCCGGAGCUGUCGGAGCUCGAGAAGGAGAUGCGGGCCCUGUUCUACAGCGCAGGCUUCUGGCGGAGCCCGUCCCAAAGGGAAGAGGUGGUAAUAAAAAUCUGAAGCUUUCUUUGCGUCCGUUGUAAAAGGGCCAGGGGAAACAGGACAAGGGUGGGAUCUUUCUCCCCAUUGCCGGGCUUCAUCAACUUCCAAACCAAAACAAUGAGAGAUUGGAUUUCAUUAUUAAAAAAAUAUUUUCUAUAUUUUUGGGGAGGGGGUUCGUAAAUGAUGAUGAUAUGGUGACGAUGACGAUGGAGUGAAUGCUGUGGUUUCCGUGUUCGAUUGCAUUAAGAAAAAUGAAAGGAUUUGGUUUGAAGGUUUCUUUCAUUUAA